UCUGUCUCUCUCUCCGGCAGCCGUUUGAAACCAUGUGGUCGGCGACGCUCGCUUUCCCUUCGUUUGUGGCUUCAUCAACUUGUAUACCAAGUUACAGAAGACCUAGACUUCCGAAGAUUCAAGCUUCGCUAUCUAAUUACCCUCUCGCUAGCAAAAUCAUGGUCAGAAACUUACCGUUUUCUACAAGUGAAGAUUUUCUGCAAAAGGAGUUUUCAGCUUUUGGCGAGAUAGCUGAAGUUAAGCUUGUGAAAGAUGAGUCAAUGAAGAGAUCAAAAGGUUAUGCCUUUAUUCAAUACAUGUCUCAAGAUGAUGCCUUUCUAGCCAUAGAGACCAUGGACCGGAGGAUGUACAAUGGGAGGAUGAUUUAUAUAGACAUUGCGAAACCAGGGAAGAGUGACUUCCAACAACAUCCGAGAACAUCUGGUCCCCCUGAGAAGCUCCAAGUGCCAGAUGAACCGACCAAUAAUGAUGUAGCUGAUUGCUGGUAUUAAUUAUUAGGAAACUGUAAACCACUUUGGUCUGAAUUUGCGUAGUCUGUUAUUAAGACAAUGAUUAAUAUAAACACAUGUUGCUUUUACUACUGAUAAACAAUCACUGACACGGUUCCAGUUACAUCUCUAUCAGUUUCUACAACGACCACAUUGUUAGAAACAUUAGUCACAGCACUCGCAGGUAUCUCUCCAGACUGAGCCAAAAACGAAUACUGGUAAUGGUUUAUCCGGUUAGGGAAAACCAAAACCGGUGCAAAAUCAGCAACCCAUCUAGUCCCAUUACUUGAAACCUUUAACCUCCCUGUUGUUGAUCUCAACGUCAUCCCUUCCACAUUGUUCUGAUCAAUCACAACUUGUUCAACCUCAGUAAACUCCCCUUCAACCUUAACAAUAGGAAAGUUAUGUUUAGGAUCACCACUAAACAUGUUGUUAACUAUAUUCAGACCGUGAAUCUUC